GUUGGUGGCAGCAAGGAAUGAGAAAAAUAACACACAGAGGCAUUGAGAUCAAUCACAUCUACCAGAAAAUGAAUGGCUCCAAAGCCACAUUACUCACAGACUUUGAGAUUGUGGGAUUUCCCGGCCUUCAGGACUACAAGCCGGCUCUCUUUGCUGGAUUUCUCACCCUCUUUUUAGUAACACUCAUAGCAAAUCUUCUCAUUCUCAUUUUGGUGGCACUGGACCAAAGGCUUCACGUGCCCAUGUACUUUUUUCUCUGGAAUUUGUCAUUGCUAGACAUUUUAAUAUCAAUUGCAAUAAUCCCUAAACUGUUAGCAGUUCUUUUGGGAUACAGUGGCACAAUUUCUUUGUCUGCAUGUUUUGGUCAAAUGUAUUUCAUCAUAUCUAUUGGGGCAACGGAGAAUUGCCUGGUGGCAGCGAUGGCAUAUGAUCGAUAUGUUGCAGUAGUGAAACCGCUACAUUACAACGUAAUUAUCAAUUUGAAGACAUGCCUAGUAAUAGCAGCCAUUGUCUGGAUCCUGGGAUUCCUCAUACCAGCCUCAUCAGUUACUUUGGCUUCGUUUUUGCCAUAUUGUGCCUCUAACCGAAUUCUUCACUGUUUCUGUGAUUACCCAGCUGUUGUAUCCCUGGCCUGUGCAGACAUUACUGAUCAUGCAAAUGGAGCUCUGGGAGUCGCUAUGCUCGCUAUUUAUGUGCCUUUCGUCUUUGUACUUUGGUCUUAUUUUAGGAUUGUGCUUUCUGUUCUAAAACUUAAAACAGCAGAGAGUCGUGCAAAGGCCUUCUCCAUGUGCUCCUCACAUUUGAUUGUGGUGCUGCUUUAUUAUAGUUCUACAGCGAUUGUAUACAUAGGCUUAAGAAUCAACAAUAUCUCAUAUGAUGGACGCAUUUUCAUCGGUGGAUUGAAUUAUUUUCUAAUACCAAUGGUGAACCCAAUGAUCUACAGUUUACGAAAUGAAAAGAUGAAGGAAGCAGCUAAAAAAUAUAUGAAAUUUCAGUUUCUUAUUUCAAAAAAACCUAAAAAUGGCAUCAAUAGCAUAAGAUAAGGUGGCCACAUAUUGAAAGUGUCUUAUAUCCAAGGCACGGCCAUACUAAAUUGGCUGCAGAUGGAGAUAUGUAAUAACUGGUGGUAUAUUUGAUUUCUAUCACUAUUAUUUAUCAAAUGUUCUGUGUGUACUGCUUGUCAAUAUUAUAUUAAAUAAAUGAGUACAGACCAGUGUUUUGCUUUGCCUUAUUUUUAAUUUAUAAAUUCAAGAUUAUGGCAAACCAAAUUAACAUUUAGAGAUACAAUCACUAACCAAAUGAUUAUGAAAACCUGUACACCUGCUUAUGCAUGCAAUUAUCUAAUCAACCAAUCACGUGGAAGCAGCACAAUACAUAAAAUUAUGCAGAAAUGGAUCAGAAGCUUCAAUUAUUGUUCACAUCAAGCACCAGUAUUGGAAAAAUGUGAUGUCAGUGAUUUCGACAAUGGCAAGAUUGUUGGUGCCAGACAGGCUGGAUUGAGUAUUUCUGUA